AUGAUGUUGCUUCUCUCGUCUUACAUCCUUCAUCGUUUAAGAUUCUAUGAAGUUGCUUCAAGAUACGAGUCUGCUGUUCUAUCUGUGUUGGCCGGUCUGCCUGCUGACGGAAGAGUAGCAAAUCUAAGAGAAAGCAUGCUUGGGAGUGUUCUAUUUCAACUGAAAAAACUCUUGAAAUUGCUCAACUCAAUUGGUCCACUUGAAGAUCCUUCUCCGGUGGCUCAAGCAAGUCGAUCAUUGAUUCUUGGUGGAACAGAAGGGCUAUUGUCUUAUGAAUCAACCAGGGGGUUGAUUGGUUCCUCUGAUUGCUCUUUUUUCAACCGUGAUCUUGACCCCCAUUUGCUGGGACUUCUCAAGGAGAGAGGCUUUCUUCCAUUAUCAGCUGCACUUUUGGCAUCGCCUAUUUUGCGCUCAGAAGUCGGAGAUACCAUGGGCACAUUUGUUGAGAUUGCAUCAACUAUUGGGGCCAUACUUCUUGCUCUUCUUAUGCGUCGCUCAGGUUUACUUUUCCUUUCAAGCCACCCGGAACUUUCCUCUACCAUAAUUGAUGCUUUGAGGAAUGCAACUGACAUGAGAAUGGAAGAAUGCCUUCCACUCAGAUAUGCAUCUAUUUUAACGGCGAAGGGUUUUGUUUGUGGUCCUCGGGAAGUGGCAAUGAUUAUUGAGAUGCAUUUGAGAGUGGUGAAUGCUAUCGACAGAUUGCUUUUACUAGCUCAACAUACGGAAGAAUUCUUGUGGGUGUUGUGGGAGCUCUGUGGUCUCUCCAGAUCUGAUUGUGGUCGCCAAGCUUUGUUGGCAUUGGGGUGUUUUCCUGAGGUUAUAUCAACUUUGAUUGAAGCCUUAUAUGCGGUAAAGGAAACCGAGCCAGAUGCCAGAAGUGGUGGAGCUUCCCCUGUAGACGUGGCGAUUUUUCACUCAGCCGCGGAGAUAUUUGAAGUCAUUGUUACUGACACAACUGCAUCCUCCUUGAAUUCUUGGAUUGGACAUGUGAUGGACCUCUAUAGAGCCUUACAUUCUUCUUCCCCUGGCUCUAAUAGGAAAGAUGCUCCAACACGGCUGUUGGAUUGGAUAGAUGCUGGAGUUGUUUACCACAAAAACGAGGCUGUUGGUCUUCUUAAGUAUUCUGCUGUGUUAGCAUAUGGAGGGGAUACACAUCUAACGUCUGCCAGCACCCUAGUUUCAGAUUUAACAGAUGUUGAGAAUGUGGUGGGAGAUGCUUCAGGUAGUUCUGAUGUACAUGUCAUGGAAAAUCUGGCAAAAAUUGUCUCCAAGAAGACAUUUGAUGGUGUUACACUUCGUGACUCUGCAAUAGCGCAGCUGACAACAGCCAUUCGAAUUUUGGCCUUCAUUUCAGAAAAUUCAACUGUUGCGGCAAGUUUGUACGAUGAAGGUGCUCUGACAGUUAUCUAUGCUAUUGUUGUGAACUGCAGCUUUAUGAUGGAGAAGUCAUCAAAUAUCUACGAUUAUCUUGUCGAUGAGGGGGCAGAAAGCAAUUCGACAUCUGAUUUGUUAUUGGAGCGUAAUCGCGAGCAAAGCUUAGUCGAUCUUUUGGUUCCUUCUCUGGUAUUGCUGAUUGCACUUCUUCAGAAGUUGCAGGAAGCAAAAGAACAGCAUAGGAACACAAAGUUGAUGAAUGCGCUUCUCCGCCUUCACCGAGAAGUCAGCCCGAAGCUUGCUGCAUGCACAGCAGAUUUAUCAUCUUCUUAUCCUGAUUCAGCACUUGGUUUUGGAGCUGUCUGCCAUCUGACUGUGUCAGCCCUUAGCUUCUGGCCGGUGGCUGGAUGGACACCUGGUCUUUUCCACUCCCUCCUUACAAAUGUUCAAUCAACUUCACUGCUGGGUUUGGGCCCAAAGGAAACAUGUAGCUUGCUUUGUCUAUUGAAUGAUCUGUUCCCUGAAGAAGGUGUUUGGCUUUGGAAGAACGGAAUGCCCUUGUUAAGUGCUGUAAGAACGCUGGCUGUGGGAACACUGUUAGGUCCACAUAAGGAAAGACAUAUCAACUGGUAUCUUGAGCCUUCCUACCGGGAGAAAUUGCUCAACCAGUUGACCCCACAACUUGAUAAAAUUGCCCUGAUUAUCAGACACUAUGCCAUCUCCAGAUUGGUUGUCAUCCAAGACAUGCUCCGGGUCUUCAUAAUUCACAUUACUUGCCAAAAACCGAUCAAUGCUUCUGUUCUUAUCCAGCCUUUGUUAUCAUCUGUUCGUGACCAUCUCUCUGACUGUUCUUCUCUGUCACAGAAAGAUGUUUACAAGGUUUAUAGGUAUCUUGCAUUUCUUGCUAGUGUACUGGAGCAUCCACGUGCUAAGGUGCUGUUAUUGGAGGAAGGCAUUGCUGACCAUUUAAUUGAGACUCUAGAGAGGUGUUUUAAUGCCAUUGAUUCAGAUGGAAUUCAUCUCUCAGAGAGCAAAAGUCUUGCAAAAUCUGGUGUCACUCUGAGCCUGUGCUGCCUUCCUGCGUUCAAGUCCAUCGCUUUGCUUUGUGGUUCUCAAACGUCAUUACCGUACUCUGGACAUUGUGACUUCCAUGCUGUAAGCUUUAGUUCUCAGGACUGCGCAUCGAUUCUACCCCAUCUCUUGAAUUUCUGCCAGGCCUUGCCAGUUGGAAGAGAAUUGCUUUCCUGUCUAAUCAGUCUUAAGGAAAUGGGUAGUUGCAGUGAAGGUCGGAGUGCUUUGUUGACCUCUUCGAGCAGUGUUGUCAAUGGAACACUUAUGGAGGUAGAAUCACACAAAGGUGAUGAAAGGAAUGGAAAUCGUGGUGGUGAUGUUUACGAAUGGAGCAAUAACCCUCCUUUGUUGCAUUGCUGGAUGAAAUUGCUCAAGUUUGUUGAUCACUUGGAUGGACUAUCAACUUGGGCAGUGGAGGCUAUCAAUGCAUUGUCAGCUGGGUCUUUGAGUUUCUGCGUCAAUGAAAAGAGUUUGAACUGGAAUGCAGUGGCUGCCAUAAAAUACCUUUACGGGAUCCCAAAUGACAUGAAUGAGACAGACAGCCCUUCGGAAGCCUUAUCCUCCAUAGAGGAAAUGACUACAGUGCUGAAUUCAAAGAUCACAAACAACUACCAUGUCGCUGUGCAAGCCACUCUGUAUCAGGCUCUAGAAUCUGCCAACGCAUUGAUGUUACUGUUUCAAAAACCCAGAGACAACUUCUUAUGGGAGUGUCCAGAGAUAAUGCCUGACAGAUUAUCACAAAACCUUCCUGCAAAACGGAAGUUAUCAUCUGUGGACAGUUCUGGCAAGCGAGUGAAGGGUGAAAGUUCAGUGGCCGAAAUAACAGGACAGAAUUCAUUUGGUCGGGGAAUGGGCCCAACUACUGCCUCUACUGGUCCCAUCCGUAGAGACUCCUUUAGACAGAGAAAACCAAACACUAGCAGGCCUCCAUCCAUGCAUGUCGAUGACUAUGUUGCUAGAGAGAGAAGCGUCGAUGGGGUGGGGAAUAAUUCAAAUGUUAUUGCUGUCCAACGAUUAGGGUCUGGUGGCGGAAGACCUCCUUCAAUUCACGUGGAUGAGUUCAUGGCUAGAGAAAGAGAAAGACAGAAUCCAAUGGCUGCUGGUGUAGUUGGAGAGCCAUCAUCAUCACAAGUUAAACUGGCUGCUGCUGUGGUUAACAAUGAUGUUGAUAAAGAGAAAGCCAACAAGUCUAAGCAGCUAAAAACUGAUAUUGAUGAUGAUCUCCAUGGUAUAGAUAUAGUGUUUGAUGCUGAGGAGUCCGAGACUGAUGACAAGUUGCUAUUUCCUCAGCCAGAUGACAAUCUUCAGCAACCUGCACCUGUUGUCAUGCUUGAACAAAGCUCUCCUCAAUCAAUUGUUGAGGAGACACAGAGAGAUACUCCACUGGCAUCAUCCAAUGCUGAUGAAAAAUUCUCUUCACGGAUGUCGGCUGCCACUAGACCUGAAAUGCCACUAAAUCUGAUGAUUCGAAGAGCAUAUUUCGGGGUAUAA